ACGCAGAACCCCGUGCUGAGGCACAUCACCGACUACCUGAUCGAGGAGGUCUCUGCAGAGGAGGAGGAGCUGCUGGGGCAGGGGCAGGGCCAGGGCCAGGGCCAGGGGCAGGGCCAGGGGGGGGCCACCAACCCCCCCGAGGACGGGGCCCGGGAGAGCAACCCCGCCGAGGUCACCGUGGAGAGGGACGAGAAGCUGCUCAAGGUGCUGGACAAGCUGCUGCUGUACCUGCGGAUCGUGCACUCGGUGGAUUAUUACAACACCUCCGAGUACCCCAACGAGGACGAGAUGCCCAAUCGCUGCGGGAUCAUCCACGUCAGGGGGCCCCUGCCCCCCAACAGGGUCUCACACGGGGAGGUGUUGGAGUGGCAGAGAGGAUUUGAGGCCCGGCUGUCCCCGCUCCUGGCGGGCCCCGGGGCCGUUCCCGAGGAGGAGGCCCAGAGGUUGGGCCGCAAGGACCCCGAGCAGGAGCUGGAGAAGUUCGUCAGCGCCAACACCCAGGAGCUGGGCAAGGACAAGUGGCUGUGCCCCCUCAGCGGGAAGAAGUUCAAGGGCCCCGAGUUCGUGAGGAAGCACAUCUUCAACAAGCACUCGGACAAGAUGGGGGCCGUCAGGAAGGAGGUUUUGUUCUUCAACAACUUCCUGAUGGACCCGAAGCGCCCGGCCCUGCCCGAGGGCAAAGGGGGGCCCCCCCCGGGACCCAACGCAGGUCUGGCCCCGGGGGGGCUCCCGUACCCCCCCCAGACCCCGCAGGGGUUGAUGCCCUACGGGCAACCCCGGCCCCCCAUGCUGGGCUACGGAGGUAGGGGGGGCCGGGGGGGCUGGGGGGGAU